UAAACUUGUGAAUUCGACAUAUUUGCACACAAUAAAAUUAUUUUGGAAAAAGAAUAUUUGAGACUCAUUUGAACUGAAUGUACAAUUUUGAAAUCAUCUGACAGAUGUUUUGCAGACGACGUCACAGAGUGCUCGCUCCUGUCAUUGGCCAGCGGGUCGAUGACGUCAUGGUGAAGGAUGCUACCCAAUCGGACGAAGACACUUCUGCGUCUCGGCUCAUCCUCUCCUGUUGCACUCCGCUCGAUAGCAGACGAUUUCUUGCGGUGGCGGGAAUUAGAAGAAUUGGUUUCUCUUUCUUUGGUGAAGUGAACUGGAAAGAGUGAUUCGGCUUUUGCAAGAAAUUCGGCGAUGUGAAAUUUGUUUUGAAAUUUAAUUUAUAAAUUUUAUUGCCUUCGUUUCGAAAGACAAAAUAUUAAUUUAUACUGCAAAAGAAUCUUGAAAUUGAAAUUGUGUUUCACCAUUGAUCAUUUAUUUACUUUUAGAAUUGGAAAACGAAAGUCAAAAACGAUUUCUGAGACUAACCCUUAUUUUGGAUAAGAUUUUUAUCAACUCGAAUUCUUAUAAGGAAUAUUAUUUAUUUUAUAUGCUGUGCGUUUUAGAAAAAUAUCAUAGUAUUUUAACAGUAUUUCUCCAAAACGGCAUUGAUGCAAUAUUAAUUAGAGCCAUAUAGAUGAAAACUGGCUUUAAAACUAAAAAUAUUUAUAAUAGAAGCAUAUGAUUUGAAGGUAAUCGUUUUUCAUGUUCUCCUGAAAUCAACUAAGUUUUAAAUUUUACCAGGAUCGAUUUAGUUACAUCAUCAGAGAUUCUACGCAUCAAGCAAAGGGUUCUCGAAUCAUCAGCAAACGAUUAUUUCUCUCCUCCAAACGACAUUCCCUGCAGGGCUAUCCUUGGAGUGCAAGUCAAGAAACUCAUUAACCCAUUAAGGACGAUGGGUCUCUGAAGAAUUCAAUAUUUGCGCCGGACCACAACAAUAAAAGGGGAGAAGAGACAACAGCGCGGUGUGUUGACGCAAAGGGAGCGGUCACCUGUUUGUGGAACGAUGUACGGUCUGAUCUUAGAGAACCUGAGUCAAUACGUGAUUAAAAUGUGGGGGGAGGACAAGUGGGAGGAGAUACGGAAAACAGCUAACGUCCAGCAGUGUACCUUCACCCGACAGCAAGUCUACGAGGACGCCCUCAUUCCCAGAUUGACAGCUAGUGCUUGCGAGAUCCUCGGUGUGUCUGAGCGUGAGUUCCUAGAAGGAAUGGGCGUCUACUUUGUGUCUUUUGUGGGUCACUACGGCUACGACCGCGUCCUCUCCGUAUUGGGAAGGCACAUGCGAGAUUUCCUGAAUGGUCUCGACAACCUGCACGAGUACCUGAAAUUCAGCUAUCCGCGCAUGAAGGCACCCUCUUUCUUCUGCGAAAGGGAGACACCUUCGGGUCUUACCCUACACUACAGAAGCGCCAGAAGAGGAUUUCUCUGGUACACCAUUGGGCAGAUCAAGGAGGUUGGUCACCAUUUCUACAACACAGACGUCGACGUGCACGUCUUGCAGCAGACGAGUUCGGUCGGGGUGUACCACGUCAUCCUGCAGUUGUCAUUCGAUAACCGAGCUUUCCGUCUGGAAGAGAAGCGAAAGACUCUGCGGAUCGACCGCACCAUGCUGCCUAUUAAGGCCUUCCUUUUCCUGGAGAUCUUCCCUUUCUGUCUUGUGUUCGAUUCCCACCUUCACAUCAAGACGAUAGGCAAGAGCCUGCGCGCCAUCAUGCCAGACAUCACCGGUCGGAGAUUACCAGAGGUGUUCGACCUCACCAGGCCACUCAUCGAGUGCACGUGGGAAGCUAUUCUAGUCCAUUCGAACAACAUAUUCGAGCUGAGUUCUGUGAUGCCCAUCCUCGGCCAUGACACCUCGAACGGUAACCACCAGCUUCUGGGGGUGGACGAAGAGGACGAUGACGUCAGCAUGGAAGACAGAUUGCUGCAUUUAAAAGGUCAAAUGCUUUACAUGGAGGAGUGGAAGAGUAUGGCUUACCUAGGAACGCCAUUCAUGCGCAGUUUAGAUGCUAUGUUGCACACCGGUUUGUACAUCAAUGAUCUGAGCAUGCACGAUUUCAGUCGAGACAUGGUGUUGGCAGGGCAGCAACAGUCAGCAGAACUGAAAUUGGCAUUGGAUCAGGAACUUCAAAAAAGCCGCCAGUUAGAGGAAUCAAUGAGGAAAUUGGACAUAGAGAUGAAGCGCACAGAUGAGCUUCUCUAUCAGAUGAUCCCCAAACAGGUAGCUGACAGACUGAGGAGAGGAGAGGCCGCAGUGGACACUUGUCAGUACUUCGAGUGCGUGACGGUUCUGUUCAGCGACGUCGUCACCUUCACCGAAAUCUGCAGUCGCAUCGCUCCCAUGGAAGUGGUCUCCAUGUUGAACUGCAUGUACAGCCUCUUCGACCAGCUGACAGAAAAGCACGAUGUCUAUAAGGUGGAGACGAUCGGUGAUGCGUACAUGGUGGUGUCAGGUGCUCCCGAAGAAGAGGAGCACCAGGCUGACAAGGUGUGUCACAUGGCCCUGGACAUGGUGGAUGUGAUAGGAGGACUCAAGGACCCAUCUACGGGAGAAAGCCUCAAGAUCAGAGUGGGUAUUCAUUCGGGUGCAGUAGUGGCUGGAGUUGUAGGCCUCAAAAUGCCGAGAUAUUGCCUAUUCGGCGACACUGUAAACACAGCCUCUAGAAUGGAAAGCACAAGUGAAGCUCUAAAAAUUCACAUUAGCGAAGAAACUGCCCAAAGAUUAUCACCGGACCAAUGGGAUAUAUCAGAACGGGGCACUAUUACCGUAAAGGGCAAAGGUCAUAUGAAAACUUAUUGGCUAAAUGGCUACAAAGGCACACCACGUAAAAAGGCUUCACUGGACAUAGUUCCAACCAUUCCAGAGAUCCCUCACCACUUCGGCGACUCCCAUCAGUACUAUUCCCCCGUAACUCUCGGGGCUAGCCGAGCCAGGGCUCAGUCCCUCGCCCCAUCUCUCCUCUACGAUUCUUCCAACAGGACCCCAUCACCUAUUAGUCCGACCCUCAGCACGAUCAAAGACGAUGUCCAGAUGGGUAACAACGAAAACAGACACAGUCGAGUGAGGUUUGCCAGUAGCGCCUCGUGGUUCUCUCCCCAAAACACGAUUUCUGUACAACCCUCCACAGCCUGGGAAGAGAGCAGUCAGAGCUCCAACCUCCACUGCACGUGCUGCCAGCAUCAGCCUUGUCAGAUGCGGGCACCUGUAAAACCAUUCAAGAUUGUCAAGACCAAACGUUCCUUAAAGAAUGCAGUGAGGAGGAUUUUGGUGAUGCCAAAGACUACAGACGAAAGGUCCACUAGGCAACCUGCCCAGCCCUCUGCCGUAAAAAACUACGCCUGCACCAUCCUGUAGAGCAGAAUUUGUAAAUGAAUCUUUAAAAAGAACCCAGCUGUAAAAAGAGCAUCCCCAAAGCAGUCUCUGUUUCAACCAACCGAGGAUAGAUUUUAUAAAUAAAGUUGCUGAAGCUGGCAUGGCCAUCUUACAAUUCGAUGCUGUUUUAGGAGGAUUGCAGGUCCGGAAGGUUCAUCCUGGAGAUGUAACUUUGUGAAAAUGGUACAAAAAAAAAAAAAGAAUACAGCGGUGCUCGUAUUAUUUUCUCAGGAAGGACGUUUCCCCUAUGUAACCGAGCUGCAUUUACUGAUGAAACGAAUGUAUGUGUGGUUUAGAUGAUGAAUGGAUGCAUAAAUGACAUUUAUCACUUAAAAAAACUUGCUCGUAUGUGCAUAUUUAACUCUGGUCAUACCAAAGAAAUUAGGCAAUUUGUGGAUUUUUAGGUAGAUAAUUGUUGUUUGUUUAUUGCACAAAAUUACUGUUGCACCAAGAAAUGGAACUGCCUUGAAUCUCAUCAUUAUUGUGGGACCAAAAAAGUUCAGUUAGCCUUAAGGGAAAAUCUUUUCGAUGCUAAUAACUUGUAGUCAUUCCUUUUUGUUCCGCUUAAGACACUUUUAACAAACAGUUUAGAAACAAAAUGCAUCCUAAUUGCAUUUUUCUAAAUGUCAUCUUUGUAUAAGUGUUUGAUUUUCAAUUUUUUUUUUGUCGUAAUAUAAUGGAAGGAUGAUUUGAAUGAAUUCGAAGUACAACUUUGAACUAUUAAUUUUACGUUUUGAGGUUAUUUAAGAAGUUGAAAAAAAAACAUGUGCUGAUUUUUAAAUGACGAGAAAAACUGCAAAUGCUUUUGAUAGUCCUUAACUUAAGAAAUAAAAUCAUGGCAUUUGUAUUAAGAAAAAAAUGAAGCUGUAAAGUUCAGAAUUAUGAUAUAUAUUUGUCUUCUAAUAUGUAUGUGUAAAGUCUGUUGUAAAUGCACAAAUUAUUUAAAAUAAGCAAGUCUAUUUUGGAGACCGUUUGCACUUUUAGAAAAAUAGAACAUUCGACUAUUUUUUCUACUGAAUCGAAGAGAUAAAGCAGAAAAUCAACAGUAUAAGUCAUCUCGAUGAAGAAAUCGAUUCUCUGAUAGAGGCAACGAAGAAUGUUUUGAUUUAUUCGAAGUUUCCAAAAUCUCUUUUACUGCAGAAUUCGAAUUCAAGAAAAAUCAGUACUUGUAUAUUAUCGCAGCCGUGCGCCAAAACAUGAAUAAAUUUCAAAUUGUCUGACACAUUCUGCAGAAAAAAGUCGCCAAACUUGGCUAACAUAGUUGCAGUAGUAUAUAAGUACCAGAAAAUCAUUAUAGAAAGCACUCUUUCUGUAUACACGGAAACAAACUUACUACAUGCUUUCUAUACAAUGUGUAAUAUUUCUUCGACUACAUAGUCAGCAUGGAGUAAAGUGGUAACAAUUCACUUGCCAAAGAAAUUUCCCAAGUGAGAAAUCGUCUGUUCGAAUGGAGUUCAGAAUGGAACAUUUUCAAUAAUCUGAAAACGGGAUGCCAUGACGCAGGCAUUAACAUAGUCGUUGUACAACACGUGUAAGACGACAAUUUUCAAACAAGUUAUCGACCGAUAACUCUUUGAUUAUUUGAAUAAAUGUUUAACAAUGACGAGAUGAUAUAUUCGAUGUUUCUGUUAAAUUAAUAAAGAUAUUGUGAUGUA